UUUCUGUUGAGCCUAUCAAAACGAAUACUGCAUGCCGUAUCGAGUUUGUCUGGGCAAGCUCUUCCGCCACUCUAACGCUCGUCUCAUUCCUGCUUUAGGCCAAGUCCUUCCACCGCCACCAUGUCGGGCGCCUUCUCGAACCGCGUCCAGUGCGACCUGGGCAUCUUCGACUUCUUCCGCAGCCGUACUAUGUCCUUCGGUCACCGCGAGUCUCGCUCCGCUUCGCACUCGUCAGCCAGAGCGUCAUCCAACCGUCCCAAGACCGGCACUCGCUCGCUGGCGCCAUCUGCGUCGAUGCCGCCGCCAGCACCGGCCUCUGCGCCUUCGUCGGUUGCUGCGCAUGUAAACUCUUCUAAUGUCCCACCGCCUUUGCCAGAGUCCAUGGACUCUGUGACCACCACAGCGUCGGCCGAGUCGUUCAACAACAAUGACCACCUGAGUGACGACGACGACGACAGCGAUAGCGACUCAGACGACGGUAUCAGCUCUGCUUCUAGUGGUGACAGUGGCAACAGCAGCGUGGGCAGCGCCAUUACUAAAUACGAGGUGGUACGCGAGCUAGGACGAGGCGCCACGGCCGUCGUGCAGCUCGGCCGCCUGCGUGGAGGAGACGACCUGGUGGCACUGAAGGUGUUCAAGACGUCUCUACUUAAGAAAAUGCGCGAGGUGAAACGCGUGGGCCGACGCAUGGUCGUGUCCACGGCGCUGGACAAGGUGCAGGUGGAGAUUGCCAUCAUGAAGAAGCUGCACCACCCGAAUCUACUGAAUCUACUCGAGGUUUUCGACGACGACUCUGAGACGCUCGUACUGAUGCUAGAAUACGCGCCGUCGGGUCAGGUGAUGCAGUGGUUCCCUGAAGAGAAACUCUACAAGAAGUCAAAGAAUAGCAAGAAGGAGAACGAGUGCUUCACUGAAGAGGAGCUACGUGUCUGUGUGCGUCAGCUCCUGCUUGGACUCGAGUACCUGCACGAGAACAACAUUUGCCAUCGCGACUUGAAGCCUGAGAACAUUCUGGUGGGUCAGGAUGGCACCUACAAGAUCGCUGACUUCGGCGUCGCUCAUUUCUUCGAGGAGGACGACAAGGAAGCUAAGGCUAAGGCCGCCGGUGAGGUCACUCCAACAUCAACAAAGCCUCAUAAGAAGGGCUACGUCUCGACAACAGCUGGGACAUAUGCGUUCAUGGGCCCAGAGACGCUCAAGGGCGGUGAGUACAGCGCUUAUGCGGCGGACAUCUGGGCUCUGGGCGUUAGCAUCCACGCUCUGGCCUUCGGUACGAUCCCGUUCUACGAUCCAGAUGUCGUGACUCUGUUUGAGAUGAUCGAGAAGAACCCGAUCGAGCUAGAGAAUAAUGCGUCGGAGGGACUAAGUGAGCUGCUUUACGGUCUGUUGGAGAAGGAUCCUGAGAAGCGCUGGUCUCUGCAGCAGUGUAAGGAACAUUCGUGGGUGCUGGAGGGACUGUCGGACCAGGAGAAGAAGGAGUAUGUGGAAACGAGCUACGAGGCUGUGAAGGUCGGACCGGAGGAUCUAGCAUGUGCUGUGACCCGUGUGACGUCGCUGAAUGUUAUUCUACGAGUAAAACUGGGCGUCAACAAGUGGAAACGCAAGGCGAUGCGGACACUGGAGGAGCGACGGAAAUCUCUGCACGACGGCGGCAGCAGCUUCGGGGAGUCUCCGUCCUCGCGGUUUUCGAGUGUAAGUGCGGCGGAGUCGAUCGAGUCGGAGACCAAGCAACCUGCAGCCACCAGAGAACUCGCAAACAACCAGCUCGAGAUCUAACGAGCUGGGAACGCGGAAGACGAGCGUAUGUAGCAAAAAAUGCAUGAUUUCAUGAGCCCUAAAACUGGCAAUCCAUAGUAAUACAUCUAAAUUCGUACUUAACAUGGACCGUACAUUCUACAA